AUGGCGCCAUCAGUUGGCAGUAGCUCUUCUUUCACUAAGAAGGGCACCAUGACCACUAUAUGUGCUGCUGCCACGUGCGGAAAGGAAACAGAGUCGGCAUUGAAAUGUCCCAUUUGCUUGAAAGAAGGAAUUUCCUGUGCCUAUUGUGAUCAAAACUGCUUCCGUAGCAGCUGGAACAUCCAUAAGGCCAUCCACAAGAACGAAGAUGGAUCAGAUACCACCUACGAUCCUUUCGCCACUUUCUCUUACACUGGUAGUUUGAGAGCAUCGUACCCAUUGAGCCGUAGGAGGGAAGUGCCAAAGCACAUCAAAAGACCAGAUUACGCCCAAGCGGGGCGACCCAUCAGCGAGAUCAAGAACGAUAGAUUGGGUAAAUUUAACAUCUUGUCUGGGAAGGAUUUGGAAAAGAUUAGAAAAGUUGGUAAGAUGUCUAGAGAGAUCUUAGACAUAACAGCUUCUCACAUAAGACCUGGCAUUACUACCGACGAAUUGGAUGCUAUUUUGCACAAGGAAUGUGUGAAGAGAAACGCAUACCCAUCACCUUUAAACUACUAUAACUUCCCUAAGUCCUUUUGCACAUCAGUAAAUGAGGUUAUCUGUCACGGUAUACCUGACAACACGGCCUUGAAAGAUGGAGACAUCAUUAACCUAGAUGUGACCAUCUAUUAUCUUGGGUUCCACUCUGACCUCAAUGAAACCUACUACGUCGGAGACAAGGCCAAAUGUGACAAAGAUACAGUAAACUUGGUUGAGACUACCAGGGAGUCAUUGCAGUUAGCUAUAGACACAGUUAAGCCGGGACUAGCCUUUCGAGAUUUGGGUAAUACGAUUGAAGAGCACGCCACAAAGAAUGGAUGCUCUGUCGUUCGGUCCUUCUGUGGGCAUGGGACCAACCAAAACUUUCAUUGUCGUCUUCCAAAUAUCCCACACUAUGCCAAGAAUAAGGCAGUUGGUAUUGCCAAACCGGGAAUGGUUUUCACCAUUGAACCAAUGUUGUGCAUUGGAACUUACAGGGAUGUGACUUGGCCUGAUGGCUGGACAGCAGUCACGCAAGACGGUAAGUACUCUGCUCAGUUUGAGCAGAUGUUGUUGGUGACCGAGGAUGGGUGUGAGAUAUUAACCGCCAGAACAGAAACUUCUCCCGGUGGAGCAAUCCCCAGACUUGAUUAA